UAAGCGUUUAGAUUUAUUUUUGCCAAACGUCACACAUCGCUUUCAAAAUGGAGGCCUAUGCUCUUUCUUUUUCUUCCUCGCCACGUUUGCUGAGAAGGCAUCACACAAAAUUUAUAGCAGUAGCCAGCGGUUAAAGCGAAGAAGACUUGUAGCAAGCUUCGUCUUUCUUCGUUCUUCAAGGAACAGUAAGUCUGGGUCCCUUUGUGCAAAUUGGCAAGAGAGAUAGAAAAGGGGGUUCCAAUUCUUGUAUUGUUUGCAAUCACUUGUUCUUCAUCAAAUUCCAAGCUUUCUCUUCCUCAAAUUCCAAGCUUUCUCUUCAUUAAUUGGUUAGUUUUCUUUCAGCAUUGGGUCUUGUCUUUCACGAAGAACAUUUGAGCCUGGCUUUUUCAAUUUUUUGGUUAUGGGUUUUUUAAGGUUUAUAAGAAGGUAUAAUUACCCCUUCAAAGAUAAAACUCGAAAUAGAGCACUCUUAAUUCAGCAUAUGCAAAGCAGAGGUUUCUCAAAGGCAAAAGUUAUCAAUGGUAAUGAUGCGGUGCUUCCGGUUCUGAUCAUUGGUGCAGGUCCUGUGGGUCUUGUUCUCUCUAUUCUGCUCACAAAAUUAGGUAUUAAUUGCACAGUUUUGGAGAGAAACAAGGCAUUUUCUAAACAUCCACAAGCACACUUCAUCAACAAUCGAUCCAUGGAGAUAUUCCGCAAGAUUGAUGGCCUUGUUGAAGAGAUCCAAAGGUCUCAACCACCGGUAGACUUAUGGAGGAAGUUCGUAUAUUGCACUUCCCUUUCUGGUUCAAUUCUUGGAUCCGUGGAUCACAUACAGCCUCAAGAUCUUGAGCAUGUUGUCAGCCCAAUCUCUGUGGCACACUUCUCACAGUACAAGUUAACCAUGUUACUUCUCAAGCAACUUGAAAAUCUAGGCUUCCAAACAUGUGCAUCCGAAAGCUCAGAAGGAAAUAAGCAGCCUUGUGAAAACAUAAUAUUGAUGGGUCAUGAGUGUGUAUCCAUUGACACCAACAAUGACCUCGUAACAGUAACUGCGUCGUCUGUCAAUAAUGGGAAGCGUGUAGAAAAGGAUAUCCACUGUAGCAUCCUUAUUGGUGCCGAUGGAGCAGGAAGUACUGUGAGAAAGCUUGUAGGAAUAGAUAUGAGAGGCGAGAAAGACUUGCAAAAACUUGUCAGUGUCCAUUUUCUUAGCAAACGCCUUGGGAAAUUUUUGCUAAAGGAGAAUCCUGGUAUGCUAUUUUUCAUCUUCAAUUCUGAAGCAAUUGGGGUUCUUGUUGCCCAUGAUCUCAGGCAAGGAGAAUUUGUUUUGCAGAUACCGUUUUAUCCACCUCAGCAAACAAUCGAGGAUUUCAGUCCAAAGGCAUGUGAGAAGUUAAUCAGCAAACUUGUUGGUCAAGAGUUUGGAGAUGUAGAUGUAAUUGAUAUAAAGCCAUGGAUUAUGCAUGCUGAAGUUGCUGAGAGGUUUAUAUGUUGUGGCAACCGAAUAUUACUUGCCGGUGAUGCUGCUCAUCGAUUUCCACCUGCUGGUGGAUUUGGAAUGAAUACUGGCAUUCAGGAUGCCCAUAAUCUUGUCUGGAAAAUAGCUUCUGUGAUCAAGGGUAUUGCCCCAAAUUCAAUGCUAAAUACCUAUGACAUGGAGCGUAGACCAAUCUCUGUAUUCAAUACAAGGUUAAGUCUUGAAAACUACAGAGCUGCCAUGUCUGUUCCUGCUACACUUGGUCUUGAUCCAACUGUUGCAAACACAGUUCAUAAAGUUAUUAUUAAUGGGGUUGGUUCCAUCUUACCAUCCGGAUUGCAGAGGCUAGCUUUGGACAGCAUUUUUGCUAUAGGUCGUGUACAGCUCUCUGAAUCUGUUCUAAAUGAAAGUAAUCCCCUUGGAUCCUCAAGGUUGGCUAAGCUAAGACAUAUAUUUGAAGAAGGGAAAAGCCUUCAACUUCAGUUCCCUGCUGAAGAUCUCGGUUUUAGGUACCUACAAGGUGCAAUUGUGCCAGAGAGUAGUGAUGUUGAGAGUCCUCCACAAGUACCCACAGGUCGUCGCAGGGACUAUAUCCCUUCAGCACAACCAGGAUGUAGACUGCCUCAUAUGUUUGUGAGAAUAAACGCAUUAAGCGAGGAGACGGUCUCUACGCACGAUCUUGUGUCUGGAGAUAAAAUUGAGUUCGUUCUCAUCAUAGCACCAGUGAAGGAAUCUUAUCAUUUAGCUCGUGAAGCAUUUAAGGUGGCUGAGGAAAGACAAGUUUCUCUCAAAGUGUGUGUUUUUUGGUCUACUGAUUCUGUUGAAGGACUUGAUAAUGGAAGUAAAGAUGCAUUAUCACCCUGGAAGAAUUAUGCAGACGUCGUUGAAGUUUGUUCAACAACUUCAAAUUGGUGGGAUAUGUGUAACAUGACAAACAAAGGGGCUAUAUUAGUUAGACCUGAUGAACAUAUUGCCUGGCGUGCAAUUUCAAGACUUGCUGGGGAUCCUAGGGCGGAAAUGGAAAAGGUUUUUUCUGCUAUACUUGGAGCACACUAAUAUAAAAAUGGGUUUGUCUUACAUGUGCAAAUUUGCACAUGAUAGAAAAACCCAUAUAAAAUAAACAAAUACAAAUUUGUAUUGAUUCUUACAGGAUUACUAUUGUUUUAGGUAGAUUAAUUUUUUUAUUUUCAUGGUUUUUAAUAAUAAUAAUGAAAUGGCCUGUCGGGUUGUGUUGUUUCAAGUGCUCUAUGCAAAAACUAGUGUUUUUAAUGUUAUUUUGAUUGAAGUUUGAACAA